AGCAGCUGCGCGCGGUGCGGGGGCGGGCGUGGAGGGCGGCGCCGCUGCAGUGCGGGGACCCGCUCGCUCGCUCGCCCGUCGUCCCCGCGCCCAGCGUACCCGCACAGCCGCCUCCUGGCCUCGGGCGCCGCGCAUCCAGGAAGGAAGCAGCAGCCCUCGCCAUGGCCUCCCCGCCCGCCUGCCCCUCAGAGGAGGACGAGAGCCUGAAGGGCUGUGAGCUGUACGUGCAGCUGCACGGAAUCCAGCAGGUCCUCAAGGACUGCAUCGUGCACCUCUGCAUCUCCAAGCCCGAGCGCCCCAUGAAGUUCCUCCGGGAGCACUUCGAGAAGCUGGAGAAGGAAGAAAACAGGCAGAUUUUGGCACGGCAGAAGUCGAACUCACAGUCGGACUCCCACGAUGAGGAGGUGUCACCUACCCCUCCGAACCCCGUGGUGAAGGCCCGCCGUCGGCGAGGGGGUGUGAGCGCUGAGGUGUACACCGAGGAGGACGCCGUGUCCUACGUCAGGAAGGUGAUUCCCAAGGACUACAAGACCAUGACUGCGCUGGCCAAGGCCAUCUCCAAGAAUGUGCUAUUCGCUCACCUGGAUGACAAUGAGAGGAGUGACAUAUUCGAUGCCAUGUUUCCUGUUACUCACAUCGCUGGGGAGACGGUUAUACAGCAAGGGAAUGAAGGAGACAACUUCUAUGUAAUUGAUCAAGGAGAAGCCGAUGUGUACGUGAACGGAGAGUGGGUGACCAACAUCAGCGAGGGAGGCAGCUUCGGGGAGCUGGCGCUCAUCUACGGCACCCCCAGGGCUGCAACUGUGAAAGCCAAGACAGACCUCAAGCUCUGGGGGAUAGACCGGGACAGCUACCGGCGCAUCCUCAUGGGCAGCACGCUGAGGAAACGCAAGAUGUAUGAGGAGUUCCUUAGCAAGGUCUCCAUCCUAGAGUCCCUGGAGAAGUGGGAGCGCCUGACUGUGGCUGAUGCACUGGAGCCUGUCCAGUUUGAAGAUGGAGAGAAAAUCGUGGUCCAGGGAGAGCCUGGGGAUGACUUUUACAUCAUCACGGAGGGCACCGCGUCCGUCCUCCAGCGCCGGUCCCCCAAUGAGGAGUACGUGGAGGUGGGACGCCUUGGGCCCUCUGACUACUUCGGGGAGAUUGCGCUGCUGCUGAACCGGCCCCGGGCGGCCACCGUCGUGGCCCGGGGGCCCCUCAAGUGUGUGAAGCUGGACCGGCCCCGCUUUGAGCGUGUGCUGGGCCCUUGUUCCGAGAUCCUCAAGAGGAACAUCCAGCGCUAUAACAGCUUCAUCUCCCUCACCGUCUGAGUGCAGCCCCACCCUGCAGCCCCAGCUCCCCAGUGUGGUGGCCGUGCUGUGCUCGUCUGUGUCAGGGGCCGUGUGGGGCUGAAUCCCUGUGGCGUGAGGACUGCCUCUUUCCCGGACUCACUUUUUGGAAUAAAUAAUCAUCUUGUGCAUUUCCAAAUCAAAGGACAAGCGGACAAAACUCAUCCUAAGAGCAAGAAAGGGACAGGCCAGGUUCCUCCCCACACAUCUCCCGGGCUGCCUCUGUGGGCUCAUCCUGGGGAGCCCACCCCAACCCUCCCGGUCUCCUGGAGAUGCUUGAGUAUCUCACCUCCCAGAAUUAGGCCAGGACGUUGCCCCUGAGGCCUGGAGACCCGGUGAGGUCAGGUCCCCCAGAUUGAGGUCCGAGUGUGGGCAAGAUUGUGUAAAAAUGGGCUGUCCCCAAGGGAGAUCAGGCUGAGAGCAGGGAGUCUAGCCUGAAGAAAGAAGUCGAGGCCCCUCCCUCAAAUGUGCACCCCUCCCUACCCCCUGCCACACCCCCACCUCCCCAGAGGUCCUGCUGUGGAUACCAGGGUGGGAGAGUCUCAGGGCUGUGAGGCUGAUCUUGCCUCUAACUGGAGAGGAAGCCAAGUGCUGAGACACGCAGGGCUCCUGCCUUGGGAGCCAGGGCCGUGGCCACAGGUAGACCCCAUUAGGGGCUGUGUUGGAAGUUCCGUUGGGAGGGGCUGGCAGGAUUCCAGUGGUCUAUGCACACUUUCUUAGUCCUUCCAUGGCGGGUUGGGUGCACUGACAGAUGCUUGGGGGUCCAUGGGGUCUGCAGUCCCUGCCUGGGCUGACACCCGGGGUGAGAAGAAAACACAAUUUAAGUUUGGGACUUGCCCAGAUCCAGCGACCUCGGCUGGGGGUGCCCUGUUCUCUCGGAGUUGGGGGGUCCUGGAGACUGUCUGCUUCCACUUGUUUCUGAAGCAGUGUCUUGGAGACCUCGCCAGGGAGAGGAGAGAUUUCUAAAAUGCACUCUGAUAAAGUCCCGGGAUGUGCCCCUUCGUAGCCCUUCCCCAGCAGACACACCUAAGUCCCAGCCUCCAGGAGACGGGAGCUGGUGGCCCUCCACUCCACGCCCCAGUUCUCGUGAUGUUAGGGAAAAACAGAAGUCAAGGCACCCUCAGGCCCCACACACCUCCAACCGAUCAACCAAACUGUCCCUUACUUGCGUCUUGAUCCAGCAGUGACGAUGUGAGCCAGCCAGGCCCAAAGGGGUGAGGCCAGUACAGAGAGCUUUCCAGUGGCUCCUGGGUGCCCUGAAAGACAAGUGAAGUCAUGCAGUUUCCUUGAUGUUGCUCCUGUCCCGUCCCGUGCGUGCGUCUGGGGAGGCUGUCCUUGGUCCAAGGCCACCCCUCCCCUGCUGGCAGUUACAAUGCGUGGGGCCCCUCCCCGCCCAGCCCCGGCCAUGUCUCGUGUCUUCCCCUGCCUGUGAUGUCCCUGUGGACCUGUGAGCCCUCCCCUCCUUAUCUCUGCUCUGAAUGCUGCAUGAACCAUUAAAUGUGCAAUGAAGUACCUCUUCCCAGCUC